AUGCUCGGAAUUCAGAAAGACUCCGCUCAAUUGCCUACGCUAUGCCAUCCUGGAGUCAGAGUCCUCGCCUUGGCGACGGCAUUGAUUGCGUUCGCCGUGCUGGCGUUUCAGAACUCCGAAAUCUCCCCUGGAAGCCUUCCGUCGGUGCUGCUUCCCUCAAUUGAGAAUGGGAGCAUACCAAGCCCCUUUGCGAUGGAAAAACCUGCAGAUCCGGGAAGAAAUUCCUCCGUCCCUGGUUCUGUCUCUCCGCCGCUCGAGCACAGGAAAGUUAAUGCCAGUUCGGAGUCGGAGAUUGUUAGAGGCUCGGACAACAGUUCUCAUAUCGUCGAAGCUACAAAGAGGAAAACCACGAACCAGACCACUGCCACUGCAGAGGAGAUGGAAGCUUCCAGCUGUGAGGUAGGAAUGAUUCCCGCAGUCAGUAGGAAAACGAGGACCGAUCCACUGUCGAUACCAGAGAUGAACCAGAUAUUGUCAGAUAAUCGUCGAUCGUCUUGUUCGAUGGUAAUAUUCUUCCGCAGAAACCUUGGCGCAGUUUCCAGGGAAUUUUUCUUUCAAUACGAAGGGAUUCAGCCCCCUCUUUUCCCCUGAUAUGCCCCGCAGGUUCCCCGGUGGUCUUCUAAAACUGAUCUGCAGAUUCUACGCGCAAGGAGAGAGAUAGAGAACGCCCCCAUUGUAGAGAAGGAUCCAGAACUCUACGCGCCCGCUUUCAGGAAUAUUUCCAUGUUUAAGAGGUAGGAAUCCGGUUCUGCGCAUACUUUCUGUUCAUCAACGAUAACACAGUCCCUCUUUGACUUCUCUGGAUCUCCAUAACGUGAUCUGCUUGGAUUUCUGCGGAGACCUCUCUCAAGAUAAUAUAUCUGGUGUUGGACUUCAUGAUUUGGACGUAUGUGGUUCAUCGAAUCUGCUCUUAAAGAAGAAUUGGGUAAGAAAUCGAGAUUCAUACCGAAGUAGAUGGAUGAUCAUCAGAGGCGAAUGAAACAUUCCUUCCCGUCUUGAAACAGCUGGUCUAUCUGAAAAAAGAAGGCUAACAGAGUGAACCAUUCCAGGAGCUAUGAAUUGAUGGAGAAGACGCUCAAAGUGUACGUCUACAAGGAGGGGGAGAAGCCCAUCUUCCACAGCCCCCAACUCACUGGGAUUUACUCCUCCGAGGGCUGGUUCAUGAAGAACAUGGAAGGAAGCACGCGAUUCCGCGUGGAGGACCCCACCAAGGCCCACCUCUUCUACAUCCCCUUCAGCUCCAAGAUCCUCCGGGAGAAGCUCUUCUUCCCUGGUUCCCACCGCAAAUAUAUAAUCCAGUACUUGAAGGACUAUGUCGCCACCAUCGCCGGCAAGUACCCCUUCUGGAACAGGACCGGCGGUGCCGACCACUUCUUCGCCGCCUGCCAUGACUGGGUGCGCUUCCUGCUCCCUGCUCUCACUCUCCUUCCCCCUCAAAAAACACAUCACAUAUUCAAUCCCUCACUCUGUUCUGCACCAUCCGACGCAGGCACCAGCGGAGACGCAAGAAGUGAUGGGGAAGACGAUCAGAGCCCUCUGCAACGCCAAUCUCGCCAGAAUGUACGAGCUGGGGAAGGACGUCACCCUGCCGGAGGCGAACGUCCACGACUCGAAGAACCCUAUGCAGGGCUCCGGCGGCAGAUCCGCCGGCGAGAGGCCCGUCCUCGCCUUCUUCGCCGGGAAGAUGCACGGCCACCUGCGGCCAUUGCUGCUGCAGCAAUGGCGGAACAGAGACAACGACAUCAAGGUCUUCGGCCCGCUGGGUCGCGGAGCGAGGAAGCAGAACGCCACCAUGUCCUACGCCGAGUACAUGAGGAGCAGCAGGUACUGCAUCUGCCCUAGGGGCUACGAGGUGCACAGCCCCAGAGUGGUGGAGGCCAUCUUCUACCAGUGCGUGCCGGCGAUCAUCUCCGACAACUUCGUGCCGCCUCUCUUCGAGGUGCUCAACUGGGAGGCCUUCUCCGUGGUAGUGGCGGAGAAGGACGUCCCGAGGUUGAAGGAGAUCCUCCUAUCCAUUCCCGAGAAGAAGUACUUGGCCCUGCAGGCCGGCGUGAGAGGCGUGCGCAGGCACUUCCUCUGGCACAAUAUGCCGGAGAGGUACGACGCCUUCCACAUGACCCUCCACUCCGUCUGGUUCAACAGGGUCUUCCAGUUCAAGCCCCGCUUAUUGCAAUAA